AGACAAACAAACAUCUACGAGUUCAAUUUGUCCUUAUCUAAAGUAUUCAAAGUUCGACUCCGGCUGCCUAACCCGUCAACAAGUCCACAUUCUCCCCCAUAUAUAGCCGCUUCCCACACAAGAUUUUCUUUUCACUUCCAUUUUCAAAUUCGCAGUGAAAAAAAACCUCAGGUUUAAGCAGAUUAAAGCUCCGCAUCUCCGCCGCAUAAAUGGCCGUCGAUCUGCUCGGCUACCGCAAUCUCAAAAGCCAUGCGCCGCCGCUCCAUCAAGCGUCUCCCGCCGGUUUGGAAUCGCUACAGCAACUAAUCGGCGCUGCUUCGCACCAAAACCAGCCAUCGUUUUGCACGCUUCUGAGCUCGGAAAAGGCCGGUUCAGACCUGAACCGGACCGGUCACGCCCGGUUCAGGCGCACUCUAGCUCAGCCACAGGCUCCGGUUCAGUGUUUCGAACUCCAGACGCUGAACCUGUUCGGCGAUUCCCCUGCCGCCGCCGCUUCUGCUCCGCCGCGGAAGCUUGACCUCUCCAAGGAGACGAUCGGAGACGACGUUUUGAGCCUGUCGACGUCGGGGAGCUCAAUCGCGUCGAUGAUCACCGGCGAAGGCAGCGUCUCCAACGGUAAGAGCGGCACGGCGCCGAUCUCCGCCCCUAAGCCGCCGCUCUCCGCGAAGAGAUGCCGCGAACACGAUAACUCCUCCGGAAAAACCUCCAAUCCUUCCCGCUGCCAUUGCAAAAAGAGGAAAAAUAGAGUGAAGACAACAAUUAGGGUUCCGGCAAUCAGCUCAAAAGCUUCCGAUAUUCCGGCCGAUGAGUAUUCAUGGAGGAAAUACGGCCAGAAGCCGAUCAAAGGCUCGCCAUACCCACGGGGAUACUACAAGUGCAGCACGGUGAAGGGCUGUCCGGCGAGGAAACACGUGGAAAGAGCGAGAGACGAUCCUACGGCGGUGAUCGUCACCUACGAGUGGGAGCACCGCCACACGCCGGCCUCGAAGCCGGAGAAUCCCGCUGCAAAAGUGAAUACUCAUUCGCUCACGAAAUAAUGUCACAUGUUGCUAUUUUAGGAUCUUCGUUUAUCUGAAAUGGAAAAAAGGGCAAUCGAGACUUUAAAUUAUGGACGGAUUUGUUAUUUCGAGGUUAUUCGAUGGGUUGAUUGAAAGGGGAGAUAGAGUUAGCUAUAUAUUUAUAGGGGCUUUAUUGUAAAUAUAGAUAAGAGUAGGGGGCAAAUCUGCAAAAGAAGAAAGUAUAAUAUUUUCUUUGUAAUUUCGAGGUUGUUGGAGGGGUUGACUAAAAGAAUGAAAUUAGCGUUAUCAAUUAUCAAUAGUCAAUACAUUGCUGGGGGGUUUUUUGUAAAUUUGGGUAGGAGUAGGGGUAGAAUCUGCAAAAGAAGAAAGUGGAAUGUUUCAACUUUGAUUUCUUAGUGGCUUUGGAUUCUUGUGA